AUGCAGCGACAACACGAUCACAGAUACCAAUCGCACGCUCCCAACGACAAGCUAGAUCGAAGCUCUCCCGUCCCACACGACACUUCGAACGGCAGCCCUUCGUAUCGACGCACUGUUGCUUGGGACCAACGGGGGGGUGCCAAUCUGUCUGGCGCCUACCCUCAAGUCGCUACCGUGGACCCUUAUCAUGCACAACGCCACGGAUCUGACGCCAGCGCAAGCAAUCACCAAUCGCCCCAAAGUGCGGCUACUUCAUCCUCUUCAGCCUCGCUCCAGUCCUCGUCUCUACCCACCGCGAUCUCAUCCCACGGCUCUCACAGCAUCGCCAGCAAUGGCAGCGCUCGACGCACUUCCAAGUACCACGAUGGCCUCCUAAUCCGAGAGUCUCGCAUGCCACCUUCGUCCACCAAUCCACUCCUCUGUCUCUCGGAAGCUGCCCUCGGCAAGCGAUGCACCGAGUCCGACAGCGAGGAGGAUGAGCUCGCUGCCGACAUCGGACACCUGGACGAUAGACCUCAGAGUCCUGCGAUUCUUGUCGACGGCAAGAAGCGUCCAGCCUCGAACCUUUACUCCGAUGACGUUGCCCACGACGUGGAUGAUGCGCAGGCAAGAUCGGCUAGCGAUAUUGCAGCUAUGCUCGAGAACAACGGCUGGACUCGAUCCUGCCUUGGUCAUGCUGCCUGCGAGCGUGCCUCCUACUUUUCCGGGGCUUCCGCUUCCGCAAACUGGGACACUCGUCGCUGUGACCCGCUAGACCAGGGUAUCGUCACCAUGGACGAUGUACACCGCCUCUUUGGCAUCUUCAUGGACGUCAUUCACGAGCAGUUCUGCGUCCUCGAUCCAGUCAUCCACAACGUCGCGACCGUCAAGGAGUCGUCCAACUUUCUCUUUUCCGUCAUUCUCGCCGUCGCAACUUCGGUCGACCGCACUCCACGCUCCAUUGAGCAAUUCCCUCAGCUGCGCGCCCUCGUUGAUUCGCUCAUUGUCGAGGUGCUCAGCCGGAACGUCAAGAGCGUUAGUGUUGUCAAAGGCCUCAUCAUUUGGCCCAUGUGGGCGCACCUCACCCCGCUCAUGGCCGAAGACCGUGCGUGGUUGCUCAUCGGAACAGCUGCACGCAUGGCCAAGGAGCUCGACCUAGCCAUGCGAGACGACACGCCACAGGAGGACGAGAUAGCACGUCGACAUGCUCGAGACCGCUCGAGGACGUGGGCGCUUGCCGCGAUCAUGGAGAGAAGCUUCAGCUCGUUCUCCGGCCAACGUCCCAACACGACGUUGGAUGUCGACUGGGGCACUCUCAACGAUUGGCUCAAGUCUCCCGUCUCUCUCGACAAUGACAUCCAGAUUGUAUCCUUCUUGCACCUGCGUCGCAUCGAGGAGAUCAUGCGCACUCGCAUCUUCAGCCAGAGCUACUACGAGGUCGGGUCGAUCGAGAGCAUCCGUGUUUCGGCCAACGUUUUGUUUUCGGCCUGGUCCGAAGCCUGGUGCGAGCACCCUGCAUUGGACAAGCACGGACUCACGUCGACCAUCAUGCGCAUUAUCGGACUACACAUCCAGGUCCUCAUCAACACGCAUGCCAUCCGCGAGUCUGAUCGCAGGAAGGUGAUUUGCGAAGCAUCUGGCAUGCGCAUCCUCCGUAUCUGCGGCGACUCGGUCAAAGCUGCGCGCGAGAACUGCGUUGUGCUGCUGACCGACGCAUGCCGGCUCGCCCUGGACAAGUUGCAAGGCAAUGCGCACACGGUCAGCCGCAUCGUCGCGGCGAUGCUCGGCUGGUCCGGUGUUCACCUGUUGAAGAAUGGACCGAUCGAGACCCGUGGCUUGGUGGUCCAGCUCGGUCUCAUGUUGGCUGGCGACCCGCGCGACUCGACGCACUCGCGAUCGUUCGCGCGUUUCUACGGUCGCUUCAUCCUGUCGCUCAGCGCCGAGUUGGUCGAGAGGGACCGAGCCGAAAAAUCGCGGAGGAAACGUCAGCGUCUGCGAGACUCGUCCCACAUGUCGGCUUCAUCGAGCGGCAUGGGCUUGCCGAGCCCUCGAGGUGCGGGAGACGCAACCGAUAUGAGAAGAGGUGCUUCCGUUGCAAGUGGCAGUGCGUCUGGCUUCGAUGCUCAGAAGGCGACUGCUGUGGGACCCUCGACACCAGGUGCUCCAGCAGCAUCUGCCGUACCUAUGAGCGAUAUGGCGCUUGCGUUCGAGACGGCUGCCCAGGGUGGAUUGCAAACUCCAUCUCUGAAUCGAACUGGAUUUGUCGGACCGUCAGGCUCCAACUUGAAUGGCGUCUCUACCCCGGGCGGCACAAGUUACGCCUACCCCUACGCGUCCACGCCUGGCGCGAGUUCGAAUUCAUACAUGAAUGGCAUGCUCAACAACGGCGCACCUUCACCCCUCUCAUCCGCCUAUCGCGGUGGGGGAGGAUCCAUCCCGGCUCAGAUCGGCAACAACAGUGCUUCGACGUUGGAAUCGGUGACCAACACUUGGUUGGGAACGGACGAUCUGCUGGACUCUUACAUGCAGAGUAUCUUGCCCAUCUUUAACGAUUUCGAUCAUGCGACGAGCAGCAGUAUGCUGAAUGGAAUUGGAGGAGGCGGUGGUGUGGGGGUGCCUAUUUCGGAGGUUGGGAGGUGA